CCUGUCAGUGGUGCUUUAUUUUUCUGCAGCAAGAUGGCGGCGGCAGGCAGGCAAGAGUUGGCCCAGCUCAUGAAUUCGAGCGGCUCACACAAAGAUUUGGCUGGAAAGUAUCGACAAAUUCUCGAAAAGGCUCUGCAGUUAACUGGUGCUGAUCAAUUGGAGUCUUUAAAGGCCUUUGUGGAAGCUAUGGUCAAUGAAAAUGUCAGCUUGGUAAUAUCAAGGCAGCUGCUAACUGAUUUCUGCACCCACCUGCCAAACCUCCCAGACACUACAGCGAAGGAGAUCUACCAUUUCACUUUGGAAAAGAUCCAGCCUCGAGUGAUUUCCUUUGAAGAACAGGUGGCUUCAAUAAGACAGCACCUUGCAACAAUCUAUGAGAAAGAAGAAGACUGGAGGAAUGCUGCACAGGUUUUAGUGGGAAUUCCACUGGAGACUGGACAAAAACAGUACAAUGUUGAUUACAAGCUAGAUACGUAUCUGAAAAUUGCUCGUUUGUACCUUGAAGAUGAUGAUCCAGUACAGGCAGAAGCAUAUAUUAAUAGAGCCUCACUGUUACAAAAUGAGUCCACAAAUGAACAAUUACAGAUCCACUAUAAGGUUUGCUAUGCCCGGGUCUUGGAUUAUAGAAGAAAGUUUAUUGAAGCUGCCCAGCGAUACAAUGAACUUUCGUAUAAAUCUAUAGUGCAUGAAACAGAACGCCUGGAGGCCCUAAAGCAUGCUCUACACUGCACAAUUCUUGCAUCAGCAGGACAGCAACGAUCUCGCAUGUUAGCCACUCUGUUUAAGGAUGAGCGUUGCCAGCAGCUGGCGGCUUAUGGAAUCUUGGAGAAAAUGUAUCUUGAUAGAAUUAUCAGGGGUAAUCAGUUACAGGAAUUUGCUGCCAUGCUAAUGCCACAUCAAAAAGCAACCACAGCAGAUGGGUCAAGCAUCCUGGACCGUGCGGUGAUUGAACACAAUUUGCUUUCUGCUAGCAAGCUUUACAACAACAUUACUUUUGAAGAGCUUGGGGCCCUACUAGAGAUUCCACCAGCAAAGGCAGAAAAGAUAGCCUCACAGAUGAUAACUGAAGGUCGAAUGAAUGGCUUUAUUGAUCAGAUUGAUGGAAUUGUUCACUUUGAAAUCAUCAAUUCUCUCUGCCUUUCCUCCAACACAGCUCGCAAGCCUUUGCCUACAUGGGAUAAACAAAUCCAAUCACUUUGUUUUCAAGUCAAUAAUCUGCUCGAAAAGAUCAGUCAGGCAGCACCAGAGUGGACAGCACAAGCAAUGGAGGCACAGAUGACUCAGUAGUUAAGUACUAGCUGUUUGAACAAUCUUUUUUCCCUCUUGCAGCUUGCAUAAGCAUAUUUUUCAGGAUUUUUUAAGCAUCACAGUAAUAUUGUUUCUCAUGGGAUGUAAUUUCUUCAUUUGCAAGAGGACACUUCUUCCUUUGUUGUUUUACAUGUCACAAGUCUGGUAAACACCCUUAUAUGAAGACGGGAGCGUACACCCAGUGUCAUAAAAAAAGACAGAAGGCUUAUUGGUAUUGAAAGCCUUAACAAAAAGAAUACCAUCACUCUGGAGGUUAAGAAAACAUAAAAGGAUUACCUCAGUGAAGUAUGCAUGUUGAAGGUUUGGGACUUUUUAAGCAGUGGUUCACACUGCAUCAGGUUUGGAAUUAUCUGUUCAUGAAUACCUCUUCUGUAUGUUUUCCAGAUCUGAAUUGCAUUCCUGGAAAAAUUGCUAAUAUUUUACAUCCAUUUUUUGUCUUUUGACAAAUUUAACAGUACAUUGAAUGCAAAAUAAAAAUAUAGGAAAUAGGAGGACUAAAAAAACCUGCAGUAAGAACAUAUUUGUAUUAAAAUUGCAUUUUAAUGUUUCCUUGAACAUGACAGCAGACACGUCACAUCUGUUCAGUUAUUUUUAUUUUUAAAAUAGUUUGCUGCUUAUUAUUAUUUCACCCAUUGUCAAUCUGUAAUUGUCUAUUGGAUAGCAGGUCUUACAGAUGCCUUGUUAAGUUACCAUCAAUAAAGGCUUAAUGAAAUAA